AUGCCUCCAAAACAACCAUCAAGAUCAAGAUCAAGAUCCAGAUCCAGAGUUCAAGAAUUGAUACUAAACCCAAUAUCCAAUGAAAAUGAAACUACCACAAGUAAUUCUGUUCCUUCUAAUGCACCAGAAUCUAGACCAAAUUCAACUACUAACAACAAUGCUCCAAUUGGAGAAAAUAAUAAACAGCAAUUGACCAAAGUUGCAAAUUUUGCAAACAACCCUCACCGGAUAAAGUUAUCAAAUGCAGAUAUAAAAAUAAUUAUGUUCUUUAUCAUCCAAAUACGCCCAUUCAAAUACUUAGGAAAUAGUGGUGUUACACAAGCAAAUAAAUGGGAGGAAAUCCGGCACAAAUUUAUGGAAUACAAAAGAAAUCUGCACGAGACUAACUUUAUCGUUCCAACGGUAAGAACGUUGCAGAAGCAACUCGCCACUGCAAUCAAAAAAGCUGUUUGUAGAAGAGAUUCUCAAAGAAGGAAUGGCGUUCGAACUAUACAAUAUCAUGAGAUUCCGGAUUCAUUGACAGAAAUAAAAGAAGACACGCAUUAUCUGUAUAAUAAUAUUAGUAUGGACAGUACAUUUGCUGAACUAGAAACUGCUGUUUACGAAUUACAAGAAUUGAGUAACAAAAUCAAGUAUUUGAAAAUUCAAUCCAAUAACUUUGUUGCUGCCACUAUAAACACAGCUCCAGCACCAGAAGAAGAGCAAGAUCCAGCACCUAUAGAACGACAGGCUCAACAACAACAACAACAACCAGUAGAACAGCAACAGCAGCCAGUUAAUCCACCACCAGUACAAGAAAAUUCUACUACAACCACUUCAACAUUCUACCCUAGCAUUAGAAAUAUGAUUCAUUUAAAUAGUGAUGAAGAACCAAACUCUAACCUAACUGCUCGUACUCCAGCAACUUCUACACCCACUCCUUCUACUUCUACUGCUACUACUACUGCUACUACUGCUACUACUAGCAAUAACCACAUACCAGUAAUAACUAGCCCAGUUCCAAGCUCUUCAUCAAGACCAAUACCAAACACUGCUGCCAAUCAAACCGUUGUUGAAACUUUCUAUACAAAUCAACUUCAUCAAACAAUCACAGACCAAUUAAUCAGUUUUAGACAAGAAUUGACAAGUAAUAAUGAAAUUUUGGUUGAAAGAAACCAUCAAGGUGCUGCAUUAGGAGAUUUAUUAGAUCAAAGAAUUAAAAAAUUAGAAACCACUCUAAUUAAAACUAAUAAUCAAUUCAAGAAAAAAUUUGAAAAAUUGACUACUGAUCAUUUCAAUAAGAUUAAUAGCAUCACAAAUGAGUUUCUAUUGGAACAAAAAGAUUUAACUAGGCAAAUUAAGCAGCUAUUCAAUCAAGAUCCUCAAAAUAAUGAAAAUUUACAACUGAGAAUUACUAAAAUUGAGGAAUUGUAUGAAAGUUUACUCAACAAAAGAAAAUCACUGUGA